UCUUAUUAAUGGACGAAUUCCUGAAGUCUUGGGAUAUUAAACUCUCUGCAAAUGUGCCCCGAAGAACGGAUGCUUGAUCAAAAGACUUCAUUUUUCAGGUUGCAGCCAGGGUAAUAGGGACAUCCCGGAAGAUGGUAAACCAAACUGAAGGUUAUGUCUCAGAGCUAAUAACUCGCUCCACGACUGCUUGUCUGCUUUUCCUUUUUGUGCUCUCCACCUUUCUGGGGAAUGCUCUGGUGUGCACCGCGGUGGUACGGUUCCGUCAUCUGCGCUCCAAAGUGGCGUAUGUGUUUGUAGUGUCUUUGGCGGUAUCAGAUCUCUUAGUAGCCUCUCUUGUAAUGCCAUGGAAGGCAGCUGCCGAGAUUGUGGGCUUCUGGCCGUUCGGCGGUUUCUGUGAAGUAUGGAUAGCCUUUGACAUCAUGUGCUCCACUGCCUCCAUUCUUAACCUGUGCAUCAUAAGCGUGGAUCGUUACUGGGCUAUUGCUAUCCCACUGAGCUACGAGCAGAAAAUGACAAGAACAGUGGCAUUUGUCAUGAUCGGAGUGGCAUGGGUGCUCUCUGUUCUGAUCUCAUUCAUUCCUGUGCAGCUGAGCUGGCAUAAGAGUCUCCGCCAUAAAGAAGACCUGGGAGAGAUGGCUGAGAAAUGCGAUGCCAGUUUAAACCGCACUUACGCCAUCACUUCGUCUCUGAUCAGCUUCUACAUCCCCGUCUCCAUAAUGAUUGUCACUUACACUCGCAUCUUCCUCAUAGCGCAAAAGCAGAUCCGAAGGAUAUCGAUGCAGGAGUGCACCAUUAAGCAUGUUCAGUCCUGCCAGAGCUGCAGCAAAGCUCCCGAAGAGAAGUUAAAAAGCUCGUUUAAGAGGGAAACCAAAGUCUUGAAGACCUUGUCGAUGAUCAUGGGCGUGUUCGUCUGCUGUUGGCUCCCGUUCUUCAUUCUCAACUGCAUGGUGCCGUUCUGUGACCCCGGCCUCCACAACGCCGGGCAGAUCCCAUGCGUCAACAAGACCACUUUCGACGUGUUUGUGUGGUGCGGGUGGGCGAACUCUACCUUGAAUCCUGUAGUUUAUGCAUUUAAUGCAGAAUUCCGCAAAGCGUUCUCCAGCCUCUUGGGAUGCGGGAAGCUGUGCUCUCGGAACACGGUUCAAACGGUUGACUUCAGCAACGAGCUGGUGUCUUACCAUCGCGACUCCACAAACCUUCGGGACGCCCACCUCUUCGGUCACCCCUGUCUGCAUCCGCACGCCGUCAGGGAGGAAAGCGAUAAAGAUGUGCGCUUCGAUACAGUGUCACAGAUGGCAGAAGUCCCUUACGAGGCUGAAUGCAACUUUGUAUACGGGGAAAGGCCUCCUGCGCUCGGUCGUGGAGAAACAGAUCUAUCGCUGGAUAAAAUACUACCUUUUACAAAAGAAGAUGAGUUUGCUUCUCUUGAACGUGUGGCUCACAAUGAAAUCGGAUCUCCUAGCAUCUCUGGAAUAUUGUAAUCUGUUCAUGUGCAGUGUGUUUUUAAAAUAAUGACGUAUUUAUGUAUUAAACAGACUGAGUAAGACUAUGAGUAAUUGAACCGGCUUAGACAACUGUUUUUGAGUGCUGUUUCUACACUUAUCUACUCAUGAAUCAUUCAAAAGGUCACUCAAUGUGAGGUAUCUAUAGAGAGACUCUAUUAAGAGCUUUACAUAUAUCUCAUGAUGCAGUAUCAACUUAUUUCUGCCUGAAUAUGAACGCUCGGUCGUUUUCGGUUAAAUGUGUUAAUUGAGGAAAUAAUAAUCAUAGCUUGAAGAUUUGACUGAAGGUAAUAAUAAGUAACACCUGACUUUGAAAUGUCCUCAGUCCUAAAGGGAACGUUCCCUGACAGACUGACGGGUGUUUUUUUAUUUGUUUCCCCCUUAAAUUUCUGAGCAUGGCAUGUGAGAUCAAAUGAAAAUAUGAGAUCAAGAGAUUUCACGCAAUUAUUCUGACAAUCUUUACUUACCGGUUUGUCAUAACAGUCACUAUUUGUUUGAAAAAAAAAAAAAAAAAAAAA